AUGGAGAUCAAAGGAAUUAGAGCCAAUGUUGUUACCUACAACUCCCUCAUUAGUUGCCUUUGUAAUUACGGAAGAUGGGCAGAUGCCUCUCGAUUACUUACUGAUAUGAUCGAGAGGAGAAUCAACCCCAACGUCGUUACUUUCAAUGCUUUGAUCGAUGCGUUUGUGAAAGAAGGGAAACUAUUAGAGGCCAAAAAUUUGUAUGAGGAGAUGAUCCGAAGAUCAUUAGAUCCUGAUGUUAUCACUUACAGUUCAUUGAUCAAUGGGUUUUGUAUGCACGAUCUCCUAGACAAGGCUAAGCAUAUGUUUGAGCUCAUGGUUACAAAGGAUUGCAUCCCAAACGUAGUGACAUAUAAUACUCUUAUAAAUGGAUUUUGCAUGCACGAUCGUCUAAACGAGGCCAAGCAGAUGUUUUCUUUGAUGGUUAGCAAAGAUUGUCUACCAGACGAAGUGACAUGCAGCACUCUUAUAAAGGGAUUUUGCAAGUGCAAAAGGGUAAAGGAUGGUAUGCAACUCUUCCAAGAGAUGUUUCAAAGGGGAUUGGUUGGAGACACAGUCACUUACACCACUCUUAUCCAAGGUUUUUUUCAGGCUGGCGACUGUGAUUCUGCCCAAAUGGUAUUCAAACAGAUGGUUUUUGAUCGUGUGCCUGCCAGUCUUAUGACGUACAACAUCUUAUUAAAUGGGCUUUGUAAUAACGGAAAACUAGAGACAGCAUUGGUCGUAUUCAAGGACAUGCAAAAGAGUGAAAUGGAACUUAAUAUCAUUACAUAUAAUACUAUGAUUGAUGGGAUGUGCAAGGCUGGUAGGGUGGGAGAAGCGUGGGAUUUAUUUUGUAGCCUCACCCUUAAAGGAUUGAAGCUUAAUGUUGUAACCUACACAACAAUGAUCUCCGGAUUUUGUAGGAAAAGCUUAAUGCAAGAAGCGGAUGCCUUGUUCAGAAAAAUGAAAGAAGAUGGGAUUCUCCCAAAUUGUGCUACCUAUAAUACGCUGAUUAGGGGGCACCUUAGAGAUGGUGACAAAGCUGCAUCAGCAGAACUUAUCAAAGAAAUGAGGAGUUGCGGGUUUGUUGGAGAUGCUUCAACCUUUGGCUUGGUCACAAAUAUGUUACAUGAUGGGAGAUUAGACAAAAGCUUCCUCGAUAUGCUUUCCUAA